GCCUGCCAUCUCUUUAACACAUGUUUUGUUUGUAAAUAAAAAUUAGUAAUAAUGUUGGCGCCAAUUAAGCACUUAUUGGGGAACUAUCGCAUUGUCUUGGCCAGCGGCUCUCCACGGCGACAGGAACUGGUCAAGAUGUUGGGCCUCAAUGCAGAAUUGUGUCCAUCGACUUUUGAGGAGAAUUUGAACCUGGAGGAUUUCAAAGAGUUCUCGGAUUAUAUAGAAGCCACUGCUCUGGGAAAAGCCGAGGAGGUGUACACCAGAUUGAGCUCCGCGGGGGACUGCAAAAACCUAAUUGUCAUAGCCGCAGAUACGAUGGUGACCUUGGGAAAGGAGAUCUAUGGAAAACCCAAGGAUCCUGCGGAUGCUGUACGCAUGCUGACCAAUCUCUCUGGAACCUCCAACCGCGUUUUCAGCGGCGUUGUGCUGAAACAUGCCAACGGCAUUCGCAAGUUUACGGACACGGCGGACGUAUACUUUGGUGACCUGCUGCCGGAACAAAUUCAAAGCUAUGUGGACUCCGGAGAUCCUCUAGAUAAAGCUGGUGCUUAUGGUGUCCAAGGACCUGGGGGAGCGCUCAUCCACCGGAUCGAUGGGGACUUUUACUGUGUCAUGGGGCUGCCACUGCAUCGACUGUGCUGUGAACUGAAUAAGCUUUUCCUAGAGGAUCUGUCCUCCUAAAAGCUGGUGUCAUCGUCGCCGUCAUCACAACCAAACUAUCUGAGCUUUAUGCGGCAACAAGCGUCAGAGGCUACACACACUCCAGCGAUUUUAAUCUUGGUUGAUAAGCGGCUAUAUGUCUCUUUUUAGCCCAAGGCAAUUAUAAAUAGAAAAUCAUAUAACAGCGGGCAGAAGAAUUAUAGUACAUGUUGUACGAGAGAGCAGGGAACAGUGGUCAUAUUGCUUUGAACUGUGAAGAAAAAUGUAAACUCCGUAUUGACUUAGAUUUUAUAAUUUUGUUAAACUUACUACAUGUUAUUAGUUGGCAAAUAGACGUAAACGAAUUGCUUUUGACUCCAAACCAUCUA